AUGAUGUCAAAAAAUUCUUCAAUUGAAUCAGCAUCAUCUGAUGCUCUUCGUUUAAAAGCAUUACAAUCUGGUUUUGAAUCUCGUGUUGAAGUUAAUCAACGAAUGUUGAUCGAUAAAAUGCUUGCACGUUAUUCAUCGGAUUUUGUUGUUUGUCGAGAAUUAAUUCAAAAUUCUGAUGAUGCUAAAGCAACAUCGUUUCAUUUCGAAAUAACUUGUAAUGAUGAUUUGUCAGCAUCAUCAUGUGAAAAAGAUUUUCAUAAUAAAACUAUAACAGAAAUUCGAGCAAUAAAUAAUGGUUUAGUAUUUAAUGAAACUGAUUGGAAACGUGUUGCAGCUAUAGCUGAAGGAAAUACAAAUGUUGAAUCAGUUGGACAAUUUGGUGUUGGAUUUUUUUCGGUUUUUUCAUUUUCGGAAGAACCAAUAAUAACAUCCGGAAAUGAAUAUAUGGCAUUUAUUUGGCGUGAUGAUAAUUCUUUAACAACAUAUCGUCAUGAAUUACCCAUAGAUCAACAAUCACAAUUGACAUCAAUUAUUUUGAAAAUGCGUACAAAAUAUAUUUUACAUACAGAAAUUAAUCGUGAUUUUGAUCCUACAAUAGAUAUUAAUCAACAAACAACGACUAAUUCACCAAAUAAAAAAAAACAAAAAAAAAGUUUACCGAUAGAAACAAUGAAUGAUAUUAUUCCGAUAAUAAAUCUUUCGCAACUCAAAGCUUAUUUUACUAAAGUUUUAUCAUUUACAAAAUAUAUCAAUGAACUUAUUAUAAAAAUUAAUCAAAAAAUAAUUUUUAAAGUAACAAAAACAAAAAAGAAAAUUCCAUCAACGAAAUCUAAUUUACAAUUUAAAAAAAAUUCUAUUCAUAAUAUGUUACGUCUCGAUACAUUUACUCAAACAGAACAAACCUUUUCGAUUGAUCAUGGUCCAUCAAUAACAUUAAAUCAUAUAUCUGUUGAUGCAACAUUAAUUAUUGAUGAUAAUUAUCAUAAUCAUAUUCGACGAAUAUUAAAAAAAAGUUUACCACCAUGUGUUCAAAUUCAACUUUUAUAUGCUCCGAAUAAUGUUAUAAUGAAACAACAACAACAAGUAUCAACAAAUAAUAAUCUUAAUAUGAAAAUUCUUAAUUCUUUAAUACCAUUAAAAUUUCAAAAUAAUGAUAUUUACCCAUCGGGAUUAAUUUUUAUUGGUCUUGGUACACAUCAAACAACGGGAAUAGGAAUGCAUGUUUAUAGUCAUUUAAUUCCAACAAUUGAAAGAGAAAAUCUUGAUUUACAAGAUCCAUAUAUAUCUAAAUGGAAUAGAGAAUUACUUUUAUCUGUUGGACAAAUAGCAAGAUUUGUUUAUGAUCAAUUAAUGAAUGAAAAUAAACAAUUUCAAUCAACACUUGCUUCCUAUUCAUUUCAACCAUCGGUACCAAAUAAUGAAAUUGGUACAAUUCUUCUCGAUGGAUUUUUUUCUUCAAAUAAAGAUUUACUUGUUCCUGUUAAACGAUCACCAAGUGAUAUUAAUCUUUCACUUGUAUCAUCAACAGAAGCGUAUAUAGCAAAUUCAAAAUAUAUUCAUUCAUUUCUUUCGUUACCACUUGUACCAUAUGAAUUAAGUCAAAAUGGUUUAUUUCAAUCUUUAAAAGAUCGUGAUUUAAUCAUUGAAGUUAAUAAUGAAUUAAUUGAAUCAACAAUAAUAACAACAAUACUUUUAUCAAAUCAAUUUGUUGAAUUUCUCCAUUGGUUAUCUAGUCAACAUCAUGAUGAUAAACAAUAUAUAAAACGUUUAUUAUCUAUUGUACGUUUUCGUGAAACAAUUCAAUCACCAAUAAUAACAUUAGAAAAGCUAAAAAAUUAUGAUAAUUUUAAUAUAUCAACAGUUCUUCCAUUACCAUCACAUGUUUUACCAGCUAGCGUAGCUACUUAUCUAUCACGAGAUGAAUUACAAAAACAAUUAUCAUUAACUCCAUUAACAUUAAAAGAUUUUCUUCAUUUUUAUUUACUUAAAACUCAACAAUAUUUAUUUACGAAAGAAAAUACAUCAACAUGUUUAUUAAGUAUUAUAUCGAAACAUUCUGGACAAUUAAAUAAAACAGAAUGGAAUAAAUUAAAAACAACAUUAUCAACAAUGACAUGUAUACCAACAAAUCAAGGAAUGAAAAUACCGAAUGAAUCUUAUAUCCCAUCAUCAAUUCUUUCGUCAGAUUUACCUGUUAUUACAUUAAAUGUACCACAAAAUCUAAUUGAUGCUGAUAAUGAACAAGAGGAUGAUAAACAAUCAAUUAUUGAUACGACGGAAAAUCCUGUAUCAGAAGAAUUUCUUAAACGAUUAGGUUGUCGAACAUUAAAUGUUCAAUCAUUUGUACAUGCACGAUCAUCAUUAACAAAUUCUAAUGCACAUAAUAUGAAAUCUUUAAUUGAACAUUUAAUGGAAGAACGAGAUAAUAUGAGUGAAGGAGAUUUCAAUGCAUUAAAACAAAGUGAAUGUCUUCGAGGUACUACUCUUAUACCAAGUAAAGAAACAACGAGAAAAUAUGCUCCACAAGAUCUUCAUUUUCCUUCAAUUGCUAUACAACUUCAAUGGUCAACAUUACCAAUUAUAGAUUGGCAUGAUAUUGAUCCAUAUUCACGUGAAUAUGCAUUUUUAAAAGAAAUUGGUGUACGUGAAGUACCUGAUUUACAAAAAUUAAUAAAUAGAAUUAUUGAAGAACAUAAUGAACAGAAGAAUAAAUCAAUUCAUGAAUAUAAAUUACCAAUAGCAUUAAAAUUUUUAGCAGAAAAUUUUCAACAACAUUAUUCUAAACUAUGGAAAACAGCUAAAAUUAAACAACCAUUUCUUCCAUCUUAUUCAUCAUCGAAAACUCUUGUAUUAUCAUUACCGGAAGAAGUUUUUAAAGAUGAAAGUCCAUUAUGUGCAACAUUAUUACCUGAUGUCGUUCAAUUGUUUGAAGAACAUUUUAAUAUAGGAUUACUUGGUGUUAAAGAUCGUCCAACUUUAACAGUAGCUUUCGAUAUAUUAAUGGAGAAAAAAGAAGAUAUAUUGAGUGUACAAUCAGCUGCAAAGAUUUUUGCUUAUAUGAAUGAACUUGAUGGUCUUAGUCGACCAUUAAUUGAACGUAUAUCAAAACUUGCAUUUAUUCCUCUUCAAGGAACAGAUGAUUUUAUGAAACCAUCACAAGUUUUUAUUCGUCCUGAUAGUGCAACAUCAUCAUCAUCGAGACUUCGCCAAAUAAAUGUUAUUCUUCCACCAUCAUCAUCAGAUAAUGAUGACGAUGAUGAUGAAAUAACACGAACAAAUGGUCGUCGUCGUCGGAAACGAAAUGUUAAAACAACAAUACCAAAAAAUAAAAAAACUAAAACAACUUCAUCAAUUCCAUUAAUUAUGGAUGAUGAUACAGAUAAAAGUGGUUUAAUCGACUAUGUUGAUUAUGGUUCGCAAGGAAAUUCAUUUCUUCUUGGUAUUGGUGUAUUACAUCAACCAUCUGCAAUUGUUUUAGCUGAAUUAUUAAUUGAUCAUCAAGCAGAUUAUUUUUCAAAUCUUAAUCGAAAUAAUUCCAAUGAAUUAAAACAAAAAUUACUUGCUUAUACAAGUUGUCUUCGUCAACUUGCUAAUGCAUCUAAUGAAUUACAAUCUGCUACAUUAAUAAAACGAUUAAAAAAUGAAGCUUGGUGUUUAGGUUAUCAAACAGUUGAGAGACGUUCAAAUAAUGAAAAACAACGUAUGUUUAAAAUUGUUUCACCCAAUGAAAUUUAUCUUGAUGAUGAUCAUCAAUGUGCUAUUGAUCUUCAACCAUUGUUACCACCUGAUGAAUCAGAAUUAACAAAGUUAUAUGAAAAGUUUGGUGCUCAAUGGUUAUCAGAAUGUGUAAAACGAACUUUAGUACAUAAAGGUAAAGUUGCUACAUCAGAUCGUGGUAAUAAAUUACGUGAUUUAAUUCAAUAUCGUCUGGAUAUGUUAUUUGUUAAUAAUCGAGGUGAAAAAAUGGAUAAUCUUGAUGAGAAACAUAUCGAUAUGUUACGAACAAAUCUAUCAGUUUAUGAAGUCGAUGGUAUUCAAUGUCAAUUAACAUUUCAAAAGAAGACUAUUACACUUGAAUCGACUGAUAGUAGUUCAUGUGCACUUGAACAUGAUAAAAAUAAAGUUUCAUUAUAUUUUCAAAAACAUAUUCGUGAAUUUGAUUAUAUUGAUAUAGCUAGUCAAUUAGCUCGAUUUGUUUUUAAAAAACCACUUGAUACAAUUGUUCAUACAAUAAGUGAUAAACUUGCAUCACCAUUAGAAACACUUAAACGUCGUGGUGUACCUGUUGAUCGUUUACUUCAACAUAAUCAACAAAAUAUUCGUUCGACUGUUCAAAUGAUUCCACAAGAACAUCAAUCUAAUCAUCAUCAUUAUCAAGAAAGUCAUAUUGAAAUGUCUGGUCAUGUUGAAGAUUUUAAUCAUCAUCAAAUAAAAGAUGAUACAAAAUUAUAUUCUAUAUUAAAAAAAGGUCGAGCAUAUACACAAACAAAAUUUAUUCAACAAGAACAUGUUAAAGAUGAAAUUGAUCAUUCAUGUGAAGCUGUACCAUCAGCGAAUAUGACGCGUCACAAAGAAUUAUUUCAUACAUUACCAUUAUAUGUUGAACGAAAUGUUGUUAUUACAGAUAAAAUGCUUGAUCAAGCAAAACAAUUAGCUUGGAUAUUAAUAGGUCUUGCUAAUCAUGUUUUUAAAAUACCUAUUGAAACUUUACAUCUUUAUCGAGAUAUUAAUGGAGCACGCAUUGCUUUUAAUGAUCGUCGUGCAUUAUUUUUUAAUCUUCGUUAUUAUGAACAAGUUUUUGCUAAUAAAGUUCAACCAUAUUUACAAUCAACAUCAUCAUCAUCGAUACCAAUUAUACAUACAAUUAUUAAUUUUUAUUUUAUAUUAACCUGUCAUGAACUUGCACAUAAUCUUGAAAUAGCACAUAAUUCCAAUUUUAUUAAUCAUUUAGAAACAAUCGCAGUCAAAUUUCUGACAGAAAAAGACUUAUUUUUACAACAAUUCUCGUUUCAAAAUUAUUUACAAAAUUAA